AUGGCCCCGUGGCUGCAGCUCUGUUCCUUCUUCUUCACUGUCAACGCCUGCCUCAACGGCUCGCAACUGGCAGUGGCUGCGGGGGGCUCGGGCCGCUCGAGGGGCGCCGACACCUGUGGCUGGAGGGGAGUGGGGCCGGCCGGCCGAAACAGCGGGCUGCACAACGUCACCUUCAGAUAUGACAACUGUACGACCUACUUGAAUCCAGUUGGGAAGCACAUGAUUGCCGAUGCCCAGAACAUCACAAUCAGCCAGUAUGCUUGCCAUGACCAAGUGGCGGUCACCAUUCUUUGGUCCCCAGGGGCCCUUGGCAUUGAAUUCCUGAAAGGAUUUCGAGUAAUACUGGAGGAGCUGAAGUCAGAGGGAAGGCAGUGCCAACAACUGAUUCUAAAGGACCCGAAACAGCUCAACAGUAGCUUCCAAAGAACGGGAAUGGAAUCUCAGCCUUUCCUGAAUAUGAAAUUUGAAACGGAUUACUUUGUAAAGAUUGUCCCCUUCCCUUCCAUUAAAAAUGAAAGCAAUUACCAUCCUUUCUUCUUCAGAACCCGGGCCUGCGACCUGUUGUUACAACCAGACAACAUGGCCUGUAAGCCCUUCUGGAAGCCUCGGAAUCUGACUAUCACCCAGCACGGUUCAGACGUACAAGUGUCCUUUGACCACGCGCCACAUAACUUUGGCUUCCGUGGCUUCUAUCUUCACUAUAAGCUCAAGCAUGAAGGCCCCUUCAGGCGGAGGACGUGCAAGCAGGACCAGAACACAGAGACAAGCAGCUGCCUCCUCCAAAAUGUUUCUCCAGGGGGUUAUGUCAUGGAGCUGGUGGACGACAACAACACAACCAGGAAAGUGGUGCAGUACGCCGUGAGGCCAGUGCACUCUCCCUGGGCGGGACCCAUCAGAGCUGUGGCCAUCACUGUGCCUCUGGUCGUCAUCUCCGCCUUCGCUACGCUCUUCACUGUGAUGUGCAGAAAGAAACAGCAAGAAAAUAUAUAUUCACAUUUAGAUGAAGAAAGCCCGGAGUCCUCCACAUACGCUGCGGCUCUCCCCAGAGACAGGCUCCGGCCCCGGCCCAAGGUCUUCCUCUGUUACUCCAGUAAAGAUGGCCAGAGUCACAUGAAUGUGGUCCAGUGUUUUGCCUACUUCCUCCAGGAUUUUUGUGGCUGUGAGGUGGCUCUGGACCUCUGGGAAGAUCUCAGCCUCUGCAGAGAAGGGCAGAGAGAAUGGGUCAUUCAGAAGAUCCACGAGUCCCAGUUCAUCAUUGUCGUGUGCUCCAAAGGCAUGAAGUACUUCGUAGAUAAGAAGAACUACAAACACAAAGGAGGCAGUCGAGGCACGGGCCAAGGAGAGCUCUUCCUCGUGGCUGUGGCCGCCAUUGCGGAAAGGCUCCGUCAGGCCAAGCAGAGUUCAUCUGCAGCACUGAGCAAGUUUAUCGCUGUCUACUUUGAUUAUUCCUGUGAAGGAGAUGUCCCCUGCGUUCUGGACCUGAGCACCAAAUACAAGCUCAUGGACAACCUUCCCGAGCUGUGUUCCCAUCUGCACUCGGGAGAGCACAGCCUUCAGGGGCUGGCUCAGCACCCAGGACACCACAGCAGUAGAAGGAACUACUUCCGGAGCAAGUCUGGCCGCUCCUUGUAUGUUGCCAUUUGCAACAUGCACCAGUUUAUCGAUGAGGAACCUGAUUGGUUCGAGAAGCAGUUUAUACCCUUCCCUCCUCCCGCUGUGCGCUACCAGGAGCCAGUCCUGGAGAAGUUUGACUCCGGUUUGGUUUUAAAUGAUGUCAUAACCAAACCAGGGCCAGAGAGUGACUUCUGUCUAAAAGCUGAGGCUGCUAUACUUGGGGCCCCUAGGCCAGCUGACUCAUACUCGUACCUGGAAAAUCAGCAUGCAAGCCUGGACCAGGAUACUGAGGCCCAGCCCAUCUGCGAGAGUGGCCCUGCCUUGCCCCUGUUGCAUGCAGUGAAAGCUGGCAUUCCCUCGGAUAUGCCGCGGGACUCAGGCAUAUAUGAUUCCUCUGUGCCCUCAUCAGAGUUGUCUCUGCCUCUGAUGGAAGGACUCUCCCCUGACCAGAUGGAAACAUCUUCCCUGACCGAGAGUGUAUCUUCCUCCUCUGGCCUAGGUGAAGAGGAUCUCCCUACCCUCCCUUCCAAGCUCCUCGCCUCUGGGGUGUGCAAAGAAGAACAUGGUUGCCACGGCUAUACUGAUGAACUCCAAGUGGUUGCCCCUUUGUAAGGACAUGGGAGCAUCUAAGCUUCGCCACUUUAACGGCUGCUGCUUGGGUUUCCCAGCUCACCUCUGUGUUGUGCAGCCUGCCUGGGGCUGAGGGCUCGCACAAUGAUAUCUGGAGUGAAAUUCUGGCCAAUACUCAAUCCUGGCUGCUCCGGCCCUCUAAGAGAUAUUUAGCAGAGUCUCCGAUUUCCCAAAAGCAUAUGGAGCUCUCCAAGGCAUGUCCAUUAGAGCAGGCGGCAGCCGGCUAUGUGAGGCCAUUCCUUGGAUUGGAGCCUUUCCUGGCAGGCAGAGAGGAAGCAGGCACAGAGAAGCAGGAGGCACCAACCCUGCUUGUUCUGACUCCACUGACCUCUGCAAACUUUACCUGUUCUCGCCGGGCGGUGGUGGCGCACGCCUUUAAUCCCAGCACUCGGGAGGCAGAGCCAGGCGGAUCGCUGUGAGUUCGAGGCCAGCCUGGGCUACCAAGUGAGCUCCA